AUGAAGUCUGCGGUUAGCUCGCGCGGGGGCGGCGCUGGGGGCCGCGGGAGCGGCGGCUGGGGCGGCGGCUGGGGCGGCGGCUGGGGCAGCGGCUGGGGCGGCGGGCGAGGUGGCAGCAAAGGAGGAGGCGGCGAUGGUAGUGGCCCGGGAGGCAAGGGCAGCUUCGGGGGACGAUCGCGCGGUUCCGGCAGCGGCCGGGGCCGGGGACGUGGCGGCGGUGGCGAGGCCAGGGACCGUGGCGGCAGCGGGCAGCGGCGUGGCGGCGUGGCCAAGGGCAAAAACCGCCGCAAGAAGGGUAUCAAGACGGUGUCGGUGGAGCCGCAUCGGCAUGAGGGCGUCUUCAUCUACCGCGGGGCAGAGGACGCACUGGUCACGCUGAACAUGGUGCCCGGCCACUCGGUGUACGGUGAGCGGCGGGUCACGGUGACCGAGGGCGGCGUGAAGCGGGAGUACCGCACCUGGAACCCGUUCCGUUCCAAGCUGGCGGCGGCCAUCCUGGGCGGGGUCGACCAGAUCCACAUCAAGCCCAAGUCCAGGGUGCUGUACCUGGGCGCCGCCUCAGGAACCACGGUCUCCCACGUCUCCGACAUCAUCGGCCCCGAAGGCCUGGUCUACGCGGUGGAGUUCUCCCACCGCGCCGGGCGCGACCUGGUCAAUGUGGCCAAUAAGCGAACCAACAUCAUCCCGGUCCUGGAAGACGCCCGGCACCCGCUCAAGUACCGCAUGCUCGUCGGGAUGGUGGACGUGAUCUUCGCGGACGUGGCCCAGCCGGACCAGUCCCGCAUCUUGGCUCUGAACGCCCACACUUUCCUGCGCAAUGGGGGCCACUUUCUCAUCUCCAUCAAGGCCAACUGCAUCGACUCCACUGCAUCUGCUGAGGCGGUGUUUGCCUCUGAGGUGAGGAAGUUGCAGCAGGAGAAUUUAAAGCCUCAAGAGCAGCUGACCCUAGAGCCUUAUGAGAGGGACCACGCCGUGGUCAUCGGCGUCUACCGGCCCCUUCCCAAAAGCAGCAGCAAGUAG